AUGGUCACAUGCUCUGAUAUAUCAUUUAUAUCAAGUUCAUUUAGUAUAAUAUCAUGUAUAAGUUGGGUAUUUGCACAAUUACCACAAAUUAUAACUAAUUACACAUUAAAAUCAGCAGAAGGUAUAUCACCACUGUUUUUAUUAUUAUGGUUCUUGGGAGAUUUUUUAUCUUUUACGAGUUGUUUAAUUAACAAGGAAACUUUAAAAUUUCAAUUAUAUUUAAGUAUAUUUUUUUUAUGUAAUGAUAUUACUUUAUGUUUUCAAUAUUAUUAUUAUAAUAGUAUAUAUCCAAAACAUUUACCACAAUUAUAUACUCCAAUAGAUCGGAUUGAUAUUAAUAAUGUCACCACAAAUGAUAUUGAAAUUCAUCAAAAUGAUGGGAUUGAUAUUAUAAAACAUAGUACUCCAAUGCAAAGAUUAAAUUCAGAAGAUGGGACUUCGAGUACUCCAAGUAGUUAUAAUUCGACUGAUGAAGGUAAAUUUCCAAUAAUUAAAAGUGUAGCAGGUGCUGUUUUAAUGAAUGCUAGUAAAGUUAAUGCUUUGUCUACAAAUACACAAACUAUAACAUUAUUCAGUAAUUUUCCGAUAGGUAGAAUACUAGCAUGGGGUUGUACUAUAGUAUAUUGUAGCUCAAGAUGUCCACAAUUAUAUAAAAAUUAUAAAAGAAAAUCAGUUGAAGGUAUAUCACCAUUAUUAUUUGGUUCAGCAUUAUUAGGUAAUUUAACAUAUACAAUAUCAAUUUUAACAAGUUGUUCAUUUGUGUUAGGUGAAAACAGAUACUCUUUUAUUUGGGAAGAAUUACCUUAUAUUUUGGGUAGUUCAGGUACUAUAAUUUUCGAUGCUGCUUAUUUUUAUCAAAAAUAUUUAUAUAGAAAUAGUGGUAUUAAUACUUCUACUAUGACUUUAGAACCUUGGAAUGAUGAUCAUACAGUAUAG